CACAUCACGCGGUUCUCCGGUCAGCUGACGGGUCACAGGGGAUUCGUGGCGUCAGGCGGUAUCCGCCCCCCGGAGUCACGUGACGGCGGCAGCGGGUGGAGCUGUGCGGUCGGUGCGGAGGGUCUAGUCUGCUCGGUGGGAGAAGAUGAGUUUUCUGAGUGGUUUAUUUGGUCCAAUUUGUGAGAUUGAAGUUGCGCUCAAUGAUGCAGAAUCCAGGAAGCUUUCUGAGAUUAAAACUGAAGAAGGCAAAAUUGAAAAACACUUCUUGUUCUACGAUGGGGAGUCAGUAGCUGGAAAGGUCAAUAUAGUCUUCAAGCAACCCGGUAAAAGACUAGAGCACCAGGGAAUACGAAUCGAGUUUGUUGGACAAAUCGAACUCUUCAAUGAUAAAAGCAAUACACAUGAGUUUGUAAACCUUGUCAAAGAAUUAGCCCUGCCUGGGGAGCUGACGCAAAGCAGAAGUUAUGAUUUUGAAUUCAUGCAAGUUGAGAAGCCAUACGAGUCCUACAUAGGUUCAAAUGUAAGAUUAAGGUAUUUCUUAAAGGUGACAAUAGUGAGACGUCUGACAGACUUGGUGAAGGAGUAUGACUUAAUUGUUCACCAGCUUGCCACAUAUCCAGAUGUCAACAACUCUAUAAAAAUGGAAGUUGGGAUCGAGGACUGCUUGCACAUAGAAUUUGAAUACAACAAAUCUAAGUACCACUUAAAAGAUGUCAUUGUUGGGAAAAUUUACUUCUUACUUGUCAGAAUAAAAAUUCAGCACAUGGAACUGCAGCUGAUUAAAAAAGAAAUUACUGGAAUAGGUCCCAGUACCACAACUGAAACUGAGACUGUUGCAAAAUAUGAAAUUAUGGAUGGGGCUCCAGUAAAAGGAGAGUCCAUUCCCAUUCGGCUGUUCGUUGCUGGCUACGACCCCACACCCACAAUGAGAGAUGUCAAUAAGAAGUUUUCUGUGAGGUAUUUCUUGAACUUGGUCCUUGUCGAUGAGGAAGACAGAAGAUAUUUCAAACAACAGGAGAUUAUUUUGUGGAGAAAAGCACCCGAGAAGAUAAGGAAAAGAACUAACUUUCAUCAACGAUAUGAAGGUCCUGACCCUCCAGCCUCAGCCGAGCAGCCUGAGAUUUAGAAGUGUGUACCCUACAACAGAUGAAGGACAGAACCAGGAAAAGGCCAAACGCCCAUCAGAUCGCCUUCCUUCAUCUGACACUGCUGUCCAUUGUACCACACCAAACAUUCUGCGGGUCUGUAUGUAAUUCCACUUGUACAUAUAUAAAUACCAAGUGCUUUUGCUGAAACACUGGACCUUUCUCAGACUAGCAUUUUAUAUAUAUAUCUCAUUUAAUUUUUAAUUUUGGGAUUCUGCAUAUGGAACAUGCAUCAAGCUAAAUCAAAUGUCUCAGUGUAUUCUCAUGCAUGUAGGCUGGGGUGUACAUUGAAACCAGGGCCUUACUCUGUGUGUGUCUUCAUAUACACUUAUUGCAUUGCACAUCUUGCUGCAAAUCCAUUUAUAUUUGUUUUGAACAGGCAGGUCUCCAAUUACUGUGAAUCAUCCCAAAAUUCAUAGGAUUCACUUUAGAAAUGAAGGCUUUAUUAAACAUUUUGAAGACA